AUGGACAAUGAGCAUGUGCCCCUGGAGGAUGCCCAGCUCAGGUUGAGGCCGCGGGCUGGCUGGUGGCAUUGCCUGCGACGCUCGCCGCGAGGCGUGCGUGCGGCGGAUGACGCAGUGCGGCAGUUGUUUGAAGGACUGGCGCAAGAGGCGGAAGAGAAACGCCAGCAGCGGCUCUUGCUUGGGCUCAAGGCCACGGGCGCCCGGGGGAACCGCGAGGCGCUGUACCUCAGCCCCGAGCGCCGGGAGCCGCUGGAGCGCAGCCUCCGGAGCUUCCUGGCGGAGGUGGAGGGCGACGCGCAGCACCUGCAGCGCCUGGCGGCUCUCCAGCACUUCCUGGAGGUGGACAUUGCAGAUUUGCACCUCCCGCCCGAGAGAAGGUGCAGCGAGGACGAGUUUCUUGAGGAGCCUGGGAUGCGGGACGUCUGCGGCCAGUUCCUCAUGGACGUCACGCGCGGAGUCUACCUGCUGGACGGCCGGCGCUUCGAUUUUCAGGAGACGCUGGCGAAGUCGGGCUUGGACCUGGAACAGCAGAGCCUGGAGGUGGAGCGUCUCAAGGAGACCUUCGCCACAGAGGUGGCCUCGCUCCUGCGGCGGCACCUGGCGGAGAGCGGCCCAGGGCGCCUCGCGGAGAGGCGCGCGGGGUGCAACGUCCUGGUGCGGGGGGCGAGUUCGCUGCUGACGCAGUCGGGGCUCGCACACCUCGAGCGCGCCUGCGGCUCCGUGGUGGUCAGCGGCGGGGACCAGGAGCUGCUCUUCGAGCUCCGCCCGGCCGACGCCGGCUUCGACCUCUGCGUCGCCAGCGAGAAGUCGGGCUUCGGGAGCUUCGUGCUCAACUCCUCCGUCCGCCGGUGCUCGGAGGCGUCCAAGGUGUCCAGGUCUGCAGUCAUCCGCCUCACCGUGAGGGACGCGAGCCCUCCACUUUCCGCCGAGGUGCUGGAGCUGCGAUCGGAGGUAGAACUCUUGGACGAGCAAACGGAGCGGCCAAUGGCCCUGGAGGAGAGGAAGCGGGACAUGCUGCGCGGCAUGCUGAGCUCGCUGGAUUUCAGGCCGGUGAUGCGCCUGCCCGCGCGUUGCCUGGGCCGCUGUGCCGCCUACAGCGCCCACGCCGCUUCGGGCGCCCUUGGGGCCGCGGUCUCCAGGUUCCGGCGCAGCCCGGCGGAGGGCGAGCUGCCUCUGCACAGCUCCGUGGAGCUCCCCACGCGGCACUGGUGA